CGGAAGAGAGGAUGUAAACAAGAUAGUUGAGGAGAAGCGGAGACUUUUUCUGCGCUGUUACCAUGAAUACGUCACAGCUUACUGGUUUUAUAAACGAUCUAAUCCACUUGGACUGACUUUGUUUUACGCUUUUUAUAGAUCCGCCAACUUCCGCGGUCUUCGUUUAUGAAUAUCUCGUUAGCUAGCUGCUAGCCAACGUUAGCUUCACGGCUACUCUCGCUGCGCUCACGGUUCAGCGGUAAAUUAGCCACUGAUGCCUGAGGAAGGGGAUCAGCCUCUGCCCCUGGUUCGAUCCCUGAACACACGGAUACAGAUCAGCGCCGUGUUUUGUAACCGCACGGCCCGUGUGGUGCGACCGCUGUGGAUAGACUACCAAGGCCACGCUCAGAGCUACGAUGACUUACAGCCCGGGACAGGACGGAGGAUGGCCACGUUUGUUGGUCACCCAUGGAUGUUCAGAGAUGCAGAGACAGGUGAUCCACUGAGGGUGAACUGCAAAGAGCUGUUCCUUCCUAAACCAGCAGAGGGGGGGGAUGCUACAUUCGCUACCAUCACUCUACCAGUUUACAGCCUCAAGGAUCGUGCUGUUCAGGUAAUUCGGCGUCUUGUGCGACCUGAAGACUACAGGAGGUUGGAAAUAGCGAGGUGUCUCCAUGAAGAACUGGAAGAUCGACCCAGUGUGCUGAAAGAUCUGCACCGCAUGAACCAGCGAGUAGAGCAGCAUCUACUGGAGAGGAUCCAAGGCCAGGAGGAAUGAGACACGAAACUGAAAGGACAUUGUUUACUUUUGGGCAGCAAACACAUAACCAGAAAGGAAAGACAAAAUUUAAAAAAUAGGAUAAAAUGGAUUAGGGUAGAAGUUAUAUUUCCUCCAAAUAAGACUUUGUUUGAUCUGCUACCAGUUUUUCCUCUUCACUCUGUGGCUUUAGCAAAUGUCUUCCUCAGCAGCAAGUACUGCAAGUAGGUCUUUCCUCUCAGUAAGUGGAGCUUGUACACAGUAUAAAGUGAUGACAGCGUCCUCUGUGGAAGAGCACUGUUUGUUCUCUAAAAUGUUUUAUAAGGAUUUCAAUGUUUACUUCUAAAUUAUUUCUAAAUAUUCUUGUCUUUAAUUCACAAGAAUAUUUUUUCAUGGAAUCAAUCAAUUAGAGGUGAAUUUCUGUUCACCAUUUAGAAAGAAUAGGAAGUAUGCUGUGCAACCCUCUGUAACCUUCAGCCCACCCACAUAGAUGUUUUCAGGACUAGUUGAGUUUGGACCAACUGUUUGACCAAGAGCUCCACUCUCCUGUUAGUACUGUACUUCAUUGACCUCAUUCUACUUAAAGUUUUGUACAUCUUCAUUACCCCCUGUAGUUGCACCUAUUGUCCAGGUUUAAUAACUGAAAAGUAUUUCAAAUGUGCAGAGGCUGUAGUAUGCUAUGGGGGAUGACUCGUCAUACCUGCUUUCUUCAAUACUCCCCUUAGAAAACACUAUUUUGUUAUCUGAGCUGUAGAAAGAAACACUCUUUAGCUUUUACGCCUUAAAUCUGUUGGGUUGUGAAGGGGCAGAGUCUCUUCUAAAGAUGUGAUUACAUUGUCCUCAAGUUUCAAAGAUUUUGCUGUUGAACGCUGUGGGUGAGGGGCUUAUAGUUUUGUCUUUGUGUUUUUUUUCCCUCCAUUGUUCUUUUAGGGAACUAUUUUUAAAUUCAGAUCUAGCUACUGUAUCGCAGAGACUUAAAUUGUUUAUUUGUGCAUAAAUGAAAUAUAUACUUACUGGUGGGAACAUGC